GCUAACCCUCCUCUGCUUUCUCCAUUUAUCUCUUCAACGGAUGAUGGGCUCCCUCACUCGCUCACUCACACACCCAAACAGACAAAAUUUUUGUUUCUUAAAGAGAGGGUACACGCUACACAGCCGCACGCACACACACAUAGAAAGAGAGAGAGUUGAAGAAGGGAAGAAAUUGAGGUGGUUUCAUGGGUAACUACAGGUUUAGGUUAUCUGAUAUGAUGCCCAAUGCUUGGUUUUACAAGCUCAAGGAAAUGGGCAGAACCAGAAACCACAACACUACUGCUACUACCACUCAUUCCACGAAGAAAAAACAACCAACAGCAACAUCAGUAGCUGCUGCAGCUUCCCAGGCACAGCAAUCCAAAACAAAGCAACCCCACCAUCACCACCACCAAUACUCUUAUCCAAGAAAGUCUUACUACUUCACCAGAGAGCUUAUCCCAACUAACCCAAGAUUCCACAAUCCCACUAACCCAAAAUCUACAGACUCCCAUUUCCAUGACCCACCAAAAAGAUCCUCCAAACAAAGACUACUCAAGAGAAGAGCUUUCAGGUCCUCCUCUCCCAAGCUUUUCACCUCCUCUGUUUCUGCUGGUUGCAGCUGCCGCGCUAACAUCUGGACUAAAUCAUCGGAUUCUCCGCCAGAUUACUCAGCUUCUAGUUCUGAUAGCUCUACCGAGUUAGACAUCUGCGACUCAUUUCCACCAGAAUUCAGGUCUGACCGCAUUCUUGAAACCCAGUCGUUUGAUAAGAUGGUUGCAUGGUCAAGCUCUUGUGGUUGUAAUGUCGAUUCUAAUGCUGAUGAUAUUAUAAUCGAUGUGGAAAAGAAAUCUCUUGGUACAAAAUUUGAUAAGCUGGAUUUAUCUGAUCUUGAUCUUCCACCAAUCUUGACCAAACCUGCUAAAUUAGACGAUAAGGUUGAGGACAUCAAAAGCAAGGAGACCAAAGAAACAACCAAGUACAGAAAGAGCUCAGCUAAAUACGAGGAAACAAAUGCUCAUGGCUCCUUAUCAGUGAAGGUGGUGAAAGAGAAGAGCGUCACCAUGAAAGAGCAAAAGAGCAGUUCCAUGAGGAGACAUUCUGUGAAUUCUCCAGGACUAAGGCUUCGAGUGAAUUCUCCAAGAAUCGCAAAUAGGAGAAUUCAGGCACACGCUCGAAAGAGCGUUUCAUCAAUAUCGAAUUCAAGCUAUCGGAGGAGUCUUUCAGAUAGUCUGGCCAUCGUGAAAUCUUCUUUUGAUCCUCAGAGGGAUUUCAGGGACUCAAUGGUGGAGAUGAUUGUGGAAAACAAUAUAAGGGCAUCAAAGGAUUUGGAAGACCUUCUUGCCUGCUAUCUUUCCUUAAAUUCCGAUGAUUAUCACGAUCUCAUUAUCAAGGUUUUCAAGCAAAUCUGGCUCGAUUUGACAGAAACCCGGUUGAAGGACUCGGACUGCUCAAAAAGCAUGGAACGUUGUUUCAUUUUGCUGACUGUGCUAGGUUCAAUGCUAUUUGGUACGGCAAUUUCUUAUUCUUAUUGUUAUUUUUAUUCCCUUUUUUCUAAGGUAAACAGCAUUCUUCAACAUCUGCCUUAGCCAGCAACCACGUCCACACCCACUUGAGUAUUUUUUUUUUAAUGAGCUAUUGGUAACCCCACUUGAAUCAUUUAUGUUCGAAAGGUUCUGAACCACCAAUCCCUUCAACCAAACAGUGCCUUUAUUUAAUUAUUUUAUUAAAUUUAUCUAUAACAAAAAUACGCUGUAAUAAUUGAUUAUGGCAAAACAUACAUGGGACUCAUUAUAAUUAGCUUAGAAAAAUAGACCAAUGUUUGUUAUUAAUAAAAGAAAAAAAGAGAUCCUAGUCUUUCAUUCA